AUGGCCGACGACAACAAGCAACAAGCCCUUGCCGAAAAGGAUCUCGGUAAUCAAGCUUACAAAAAGCGUCAAUUCGAUGAGGCCUUGUCCCAUUACGAAAAGGCCUGGUCUUUGGACAACACCAACAUUUCCAUUUUGACCAACAAAGCAGCUGUUUUGUUUGAACAAGAAAAGUUUGAGGAAUGUCUCAAGGUUUGUGAGGAAGCUGUUGAGACUGGCCGUGGUGUUCGCGCUGAUUACAAACUUAUUGCACGUGCCCUUCAACGUGCCGGUAACGCAUCCGUCAAGCUGGAUCAACUUGACAACGCUGUCGAAUACUACGAAAAAUCCUUGACGGAACACCGUACGCCAGACACUUUGCAGAAGCUCCGUGAUGCUCAAAAGCUCCAGAAGGAACGCGAAAAGGCCGCCUACCACAACCCUGAAUUGGCUGACAAGGCCCGUGAAGAAGGCAACAAGCUGUUCAAGCAACAAGAUUGGCCCGGUGCUAUUGAACAGUACACUGAAGCCAUCAAGCGUAAUGAUAAAGAUGUGCGCCCUUACUCCAACAGAGCUGUAUGCUACCUCAAAUUGAUGGCUGUCUAUGAGGCCGAAAAGGAUGCAGACAAGUGCAUUGAACUGGAUCCUUCCUUUGUUCGAGGUUAUAUCCGCAAAGCCGCUGUCGAAUUUGCAAAGAAGGAAUACCAAAAGUCGAUCGAUGCGCUCCAACUGGCCCAAGAACAUGAUAAGGAGGGCAAGAGUGCUCGCGAAAUCCAGCAACAACUGCAAAAGGCCUAUACCGCCAUGAACCCCAUGGCUACUGGCGGGGGCGCAGGUGGCGAGGAGUCUCAAGAAGAAGUGUUGAAGCGAGCAGCUCAGGAUCCUGAGGUCCAGCGUAUCCUUGGUGACCCCGUCAUGCAACAAAUUCUUCAGCAAAUGCAGCAGGAUCCCAAGGCUGCACAGGAACACUUGAAGAACCCACAGGUGGCUAGCAACAUUCGCAAGCUGAUGAACGCUGGUAUUCUGCGGGUAGCAUAG